AAACAGAUUCUCUUCAAACCCAAUCAAUUCCAACUAAUUCAACAAGAUUCAAACUCCUAAAUGUCCACCAAAAUAUUACUAAAAACUUGAAAGAAACACCCAUCAUUCAAACACCACUGUUAGCAACUUUAAAUGAUAUUGAGAAUAAACCUUCGGUAAAAUGCAAGAGAUCUGAAGAAAUUGAUUUAGAUUUCACUGAUACAAUUGAUGAUCACAAAUCCGAGGCAAACGAAGCUAACCCUGUUAAAACUGAUCAAGAAGAAUCUAAAAAACUGAUAAAAAAAAACAAAUCACAAAAAAAUUAUACACGCACUCAGAUAAAAGAACGACCAAUUAGAACUACAC